AUGCCAAGUAUCCGCUGGAAACCCGGCAUGCCAACCAGCACAAUCUGGCACCCCGUACCUAACCUCAUACUUCAAACAUACCCGAGCGCGGAUCUCGAAGUCCUCGCCUUGCAGAUAGAAAAUAGAUCCAAUGCCGACAGACAGAUGGAGUACGACGCGGUCUCUCCGGGGUAUCACGUUCAGGUUGAGCAGACUGCGACGCGUGCUAGGCAGAUUCUUCAGCGGCGAGGUGUGCCGACGACGGUUGUUGUGCAGAGGCCGCAGCAGGUCGUUGUGCAGCAGCAGCAACCACAGCAAGUCAUCGUCCACCAGCAGCAGCAGCCGCAGCAGGUUGUUGUCCAACAACCACAGCAAGUAGUUGUCCACCAACAACCACAACCGCAAAUCGUAGUCCAACAACCGCAACCGCAAAUCGUAGUCCACCAACCCCCCCAGCCCCAAAUCAUCGUCCACCGCCCCCCCCCCCGCCGCAUCCUCGUCCCGCCCCCUCCGCCCAAACUCAUAAUCGCGCAACCAGCCCGCCCACAAAUCAUCUUCGCGCCCGCCCCCCAGCCCCAAAUAAUCGUACAGCAACAUCCAAGCCCCCAGCUACAAAUUCUGGAUAGUUUCGGCAACUUGAUGUUAGAAUCCAGUGAUGAUCAGGACCAGGAGCGGAAGAAGAAGGCAGAGAAAGAGAAGGAAGAGCGGUUUGGGCAGAAGUACGCGAAGAUGAAGGAGGAGGAUGAGGAGAGGGAUGAGUUUCUGCGGUGGAAGAAAGGGAAGGGGAAGAAAAGUAGCGACGAGGGGGAGGAAAGUGAUGAGCACAGCACACAGAUGAAGAUGAUUGAGGCACCCCCGCUUGAAGACGACGAUGCGGAUUUGCAGGCUGCGAUUGAGGCGUCGAUGCGGGGGCUUGAUGAGGAGCAUGCGAGGCAGGUGGAGGGUGUGAUUGCGCAGUCUAGGAGGGGGAGGGAGGGGGAGAGCAGUCGGCGGGCUGGUGAGACAGGUGCUGGGAGCGCGAGUGGGAAGGGGAAGGGGAAGUAUGUUCCUUGA